GGCAUUAUAGAACAGCACUAAUACAUUUGUACAUUUGUUAUCAUUUAAGUUAACCUACAAGUUUAAUCACUAAAUUUGACAAUGCUGAUUUAACAUUUGACUAGAUUAAGGUGUUUUGGAUUAAUUUAAUCGAUAAAGGGGUCGCUUUUUUCAAAUUUACUCUCUAGUAGUACAAGGCAGUAUAGUGAGUAUACAGGCUGGGAGAAACUGCCGCCUGAUAGACUCAGCUCAGGGCACGAACGCCCAGGAAAGACAGUAUCGGACUUCCUGGUCUGCUCUGCGUUGUGUUGCCCUGCUCACGCAGAGCUCUCUGGAUCUCACAGAGGAGGAAGCACUAGUUAGGUUACGGCCUGUUGUAAGGCUCGCUCCCCCGCUGUAAUUAGCAUACUAAAAAGGUGGGUUAACACCUCGUCGAAACCGAGGCGGCGGCAGUGAAAGCGGGAGCCGAGCCGCGGAGCUGCGGAGAGCAUCUGUCCGAAGAUCAGUGAGGUUAGCUGGGAUUGCGCUAACAGACGGAGGAGACACUCACAGUUUGGUGUGUUUUUAACUUCCAGGCACAAAACUACGCGACGACUUCAAGAAUAACUUUUGGUGACAAACCUGGAGAGUGCGAGUAUGUGGUUGGCGCCACGGGCGUUGUAGGAUGAAGAGCCCGGCGCACCGCACCAGGGACAUCGAGAGGCAAGCUGGCUACCUGAGGCCCGAGCACUGCGCCCCUCCCCCGCUCCGCAUGGGCUCCGACACCAUGUGGUUCAUCCGCGACGGCUGCGGCAUCGUGUGCGGCGUCAUCACCUGGUUCCUGGUCCUUUACGCCGAGUUUGUGGUGGUGUUCGUCGUGCUGCUGCCUGCCAAGAGCGUGAUCUACAGCCUCUUCAACGGCGUGAUCUUCAACGGCCUCGCUUUCCUCGCCCUCGCCUCCCAUGCCAAGGCCAUGUGCACAGACCCGGGAGCCGUGCCUAAAGGGAACGCUACCAAAGAAUUCAUCGAAAGCCUGCAGCUGAAACCCGGACAAGUGGUGUACAAGUGUCCUAAGUGCUGCAGCAUAAAGCCCGACAGAGCUCACCACUGCAGUAUUUGUAAGCGCUGCAUCAAAAAGAUGGACCACCACUGUCCCUGGGUGAACAACUGUGUCGGAGAGAACAACCAGAAGUACUUUGUGCUCUUCACGAUGUAUAUUUCACUAAUAUCCUUCCAUUCGCUAAUCUUGGUGGCCUUCCAUUUUGUUUUGUGCUUUGAAGAAGACUGGACAAAAUGCAGUAACUUCUCUCCACCAGCAACAGUCAUCCUCCUCAUCCUCCUCUGCUUCGAGGCUCUCCUCUUUCUGAUCUUCACUGCAGUCAUGUUUGGGACCCAGGUCCACUCCAUCUGCUCCGACGAGACGGGUAUCGAACAGCUUAAGAAGGAGGAGAGACGAUGGGCCAAAAGGUCCAAAUGGAUGAAUCUGAAGGUGGUGUUUGGUCACCCGUUCUCUAUAGCCUGGCUGAACCCCUUUGCAACACCUGACCACGGCAAGGCCGACUUGUACCAGUACAUUGUGUGAAAGCUUAGCUGAGCUCUGCUGCUGUGGACUUCCCGUGGUGUGCCCUCCUAUUGGCUGGACCUCAACGAGCAUGAACUCCUCCUAACCACUUCUACAUAUUCUUUCAUUUUUGGAUAUAACGUUUUAGCGAUAUUUCAGGGUGUUCCGUUGUGAGCUACGUUGUCAAAAUGUUUUUCUCUCUUCUUUUUUUAACAUUCACUUUUUUCUUUUUUUGUGCUGACUGAGAUUAAUGAGGUGUUGCUGUACAAAGAACAAGAUAGUAAACAUCUCAGCAACAACUUGGCAAGAAGCACUUAAACGACACCAAAAGACUCGUCUGAUCAUUUCCUGCUUCCAAGACUAAACAAUAAUGUGAACUGGAAACUGAAGUCCAGAACAUUUUUGCAGUCUGGGGGCCAAGAUGGACUCCUGGUUUUGUCUUCCUGUAAACAUCUUUGUGAUCCUUCUUUAUUUGCUGUAUUCCUGUCGUUGCAAUAGUGUUUUGCUGAAUGGUGCGGGUGAUUUGCCUUAGAACAGUGCAUUAGUGAUGGUGGCAUCUGCUAUUUAAAAAAAAAAAAAAAAAAAAAAAGAUUCUAUUAUUUUGCCUUAUUGUGACAGUGGUCACAUUAGUUAAAUACUUUUAUUAUUUUUUUGUGUUCUUUGAUGCUAGAUAAGUGGAUUAGUUCAGGUCAUCUAAGAAAUUUAUUUUGGGAUAACAUUUUUGUUUUUGAUUUACACACUAGUCUGCACUCCCCACCUAUCUGGCACUGCAUAUGAAGAGUAUGUGUGUUUUAUUUUGUCGUUCCAGCUCAGACCAGAGCUGUGACGGACGGCUGUUAAAUCAAUACCUGUAUAGCUGUGCGUCCCUCAUGCGUGUGAAGGCAAUUUGAAUGUGGUGCGAGAAUGGCAGACUCCGCCACCGACAAAGAAAACCCAGACGGAGAGGAAAUAACUGAAUUUAUUUACAUAUAAUGGCUAUUUACUGGAAAAGUGCCGACCGAUUCAUGUGUAUAAAUCUUAAGAAUUGUAACUUCAUCACUUGGGAGGUAAACAGUCUUGUUUCUAGUCCUAGAAUGGCCCAGCUUUACAAUGUCGCUCUGUUUCAGAAUCCAGAAGGUGGUUUGACCAGUGUCCUUCUUUAGACUAUAUGACAACUCUGUGUUGCGAGUCCAGCCGACCUCUUUGCUCUGUAACCAUUUUAAUCACAGUCACCAGCACAGAUAGAAAGGCAGGGAAUAAAAGCAAUACACAUCGCUCUCUGAAUGCACUGACCCUAAAUGUAAUUCGCUCACCCUCAAUUGAUGGAAUUUGCUUUGGGAUAAUCCAAUUUGUCAUGGACUGUAGUUGUGAGCCUGACUACAGGGGGAAAAAGCCUUACAGGAUAAAAUGUUGAUUCAAAUUUAGGUCAGUGGAAAAUGUUCACCGAGGCCUGAAAGAUCAUGUUAGAAAUGCACGUUUUAACAGUACUGGACAACCCAGUGUGAAGAAAUUAUUUUUACCUUUUGUUGAUGAGAAUUUGAUGCAGAUAGGAAACUUCAAAGCAUUUAACACUAAGAAUGCCUUCGCUCAAAUGUGUUCGAAAGCCUUACUGUAUUUAUAAGACAUGCUUUUUGAGGGGGAUGAAAUUACAUUUUCUGAACAUACAUGUUGCCAAAUUGAAGUAACCAUUUCAAGAGUAGAGAAGUCAAGAGUGACAUUUUCUUAGGCUUUUAAAAAUCACUGGAGUUUUAAGAAAUGUAAAAAUGUCAUUAUAUGAAGAUGCAACGGUUGCUAUCUAGUUUACACAUUCUGUACACCAGCUUUCUCUUUCUUGAAUUGUUCGAUAUGUUCUUUGUGGUCAGGUAUAAAAAACAUUUAUUGUAUUUACUGUGGACCACAUUGUUGUUUGUUUUAAAGGGGAAUGAAAUAAAACAGUUUUAAGAUA